UGUUUUAAAAAGUCGCUUAUUUUUGAUGGUUUAAAAUACAGCGCUAGAGCAUGAAAAAAAGCGAAAACAUUUACAUCUGAGAGGAAAAGAAUCUGCGUUGGCAACACAACAUCCGGGAUACACGUUUUCUAUAAUGUCCAGCCGUGCAUAUGUAAACAAAAGAAACGCAAACUCAGCUCCAAUAGCGGACAUACAGAUCUAUAUUCUAACUAUUUUUAUACAAUGCCAUGGGAAUACUAAAAUACUGAUGUUGUUAUUAUUGUUGUUGUUGUAUUAAGUUAGGUUUUAUUGAUUCAAUAUCACUCUUCUGAUAGCUUCAUUGGUUAAUAACAUUGUGGUCACCAUGAAAACACAGUGGCUUUACGCGUAAAAACGAUUAAAAUAGACCAUCCUGUAUACUCGAGUGUAGUCUGACUGCGCUAAUUGGUAAAGCUUCUGCGAGCUAAUACGAGAUGAAAAUGGACUUGAAGUUUCACAGAUUGAUAUUGAAACAUUCAUCCAUGCUGAAAGGACAAAAGAGUGACAGCGAUAUAGUAUUCCCAAUGGAAGACAUCAAUUCCUUUAAGAAGAAUAUAGAAAAGCCAAUGAAGACAGCUUUCACGAAACCUUCUGAAGAGGAAGAAACCAAAGAAGAUGACGAGAAACAGUAUUCUAUUCGAUUUUUGAUUCUGGACUAUUUUGAAUACACAUCAGGACAUGGGCCUCCUCGCAUUCUCGCGUCAAAACAGUUGGUCAGGAAAAUCUUUUGGACUUUGUUAUUUCUGGCCGCACUGGGGGUGUCUUCAUGGCAGAUAGCGACACUGUUUGAGACGUACAAAUCCCGACCUUUGAGCACUCACGUUGCCAUACAACACGAAACGGUAAGGGAGUCAGUUUUUAACCCGUGA